AUGAUCAGCCCGAGCGUUGCGCUUCUUCUAUUGGCCAACGCCGUGCCACCAAUCGACAGCCGUUUGGCCGACGACAUAAUCCACUGCGACAAUCGGUGGUCGUACAUUGGCGGAAAGUGCUACAAGUUGCUCACAUGGACAAGUGGAUGGGAUCCGACAGUGUGCGCGAACGAGUACAACUCGAGUCUCACCUCGGCUGACGAUGACCCUACAGAACAAUACAUUGAUGAUUUUGAUGAAAUGCUUCGGAACUACUACGUGUAUUGCGCCGGGGAUGAGGACAACAGCAAGGAGGUGAUCAUCAACCUCAACAACGCCGGCGAAUUUCAGCCGGCAAAAAAGACCGUGGUGUGCCCGAAGGGCGAUCUGGAGACGAAGAUGCAAAUGUCACUGUGUGAGAUCGAUCUGAAACGCGUGCGCGUUGAUUUGUCGACGGACGAGCUGCGGGUGGCGUUGCGAAACGAGCCCUCGUUUGCACGGAUCAGAAUGAUGACGAUUGAAUUGGCAUUCCGUGAGCAACUCCAGUACAUCUGCUACUACGUUCUUGCUUUCCUGACCCUGACCGCCGGCGGCACCGCCUACUUUUUCUACCGCAACUGGCAAAACAGCCGCUACCUCAUCCGCGUCCAACGCGAGCUGAAGCGAGCGAUGGAAAACGUUGUGCAAAACGUGCAGCUCGUCGAGAUCAACGAGGAGAAUCGCCGUGGUUGCUUUGAGAGUGGCCUCGGGCUCGACUUUGAGAAGCUGCGCGACGAGUGGAAAGCUGAUCUGACCAUUGUGGAGCAGCAAUUCGCGGAAACGGGAUCCACGCUAUCGACCUCUGGAUCCGCGACAGAGCCCGUCAAGAAACCCUCC